AUGGCUUCCUACGUUGUUACCGGAGUUAACAGGGGCAUUGGAUUUGAAUUUCUUCGCCAACUGUCUGAAAAUCCUAAUUCAAUUGUUAUUGGGUUGAGUCGCAACAAGAAAGCCACUGAGGAGAAAGUCAAGGCUGAGAUAGGCCGCUCCAACAUACAUAUUCUAGAGGCUGAUGCGAGCGACGCCGCCGCCUUGAAGCAAGCUGCUGCGGAUACUUCAAAGAUCACGGGCGGGAAGAUCGACUACGUGAUUGCGAAUGCUGCCGUCGCAUCGGAAUGGUCAGAGUAUGGAAACGUGGAAUCCUUAGGACAAGAGCCAGAGCGUUUCGAGAAGGACAUUCUUGAUACCAUCAAGAUCAAUACCAUCGGGCCUAUCCACCUCUUCACCUUCUUCCUUCCGCUGCUGCGAAACGGUUCGGCCAAGAAGGCCAUUGCGAUUUCCACGGGAAUGGCUGACGCGGAGAUGAUCAGCAAAUUUGCAGUCGCCAUCUCCCCGCCGUACGCCAUCUCCAAGGGUGCCCUGAACAUAGCCGUGGCCAAAUUUGACGCCCAGUACCGUAAAGAGGGCAUUCUCUUCUUAGCUAUUUCUCCUGGCCUCGUCGACACUGGCAAGGGGGCAACUCGUGAGUACUCUCCUUCUACGUUCGAAGUGCUAUUUUCAAUCAAGAUUCGUUGUACUAACAAGAACACCGUAGUCACCGAGGAACAAAAGAAAGGUCUCGGAGCAAUGAUCGCACAGUUCAGUGAAUAUGCGCCUAACUGGGCUGGUCCUAUCACCCCUGAGGUGUCCGUAAAGGCAGUUUUGAAGGUUAUCGACGAGUCUAGCAUUGAGAAUGGAAGUGGCGGUGCUUUCAUUUCUCACUGGGGCAACAAGCAAUGGCUUUAA